CACCAUGUUCUCCGCAUCGCGCACCUCUCUCCGCUCGCAAUGAUGUCGCCCGUCGCCGACACACCAUGGCCUCACAUUUCCUUCCGCGGGCGGUCUUCCCGACCCUCGACUCGCUCCCGCGCUCCUACUUCCUCGGCCACCACCGCGCCGGUCUCACCAAGAUGAAAACACUCCUCUCGAGCAUCGACUUGAUUAUAGAAUGCCGCGACUACCGAGUCCCCCUGACCUCGCGCAACCCACUCUUCGAAGAAAGCCUUGCUGGGCGGGAGCGUCUCAUCAUAUAUACCAAGAAGGAUCUGGGAAGACAAGGAACCGCCGCAGAUGCUCAGAAUGAGCAGAUUAUCCGCCAAUGGCAUGCGCCUGCGAAAGUCUACUUCUCCGAUCACAGGGACAAAACCGAUGUGCGCCGAGUCCUAAAGUUCGCAAAAGAAUACGCGGACCACGCUGUAUCAUUGGUCGGCUUUCGCAUGAUGAUCGUCGGCAUGCCUAACGUUGGCAAGUCUUCCCUCCUCAAUGCUCUCCGCUUGGUGGGUGUUGGUAAAGGCAAGGCUGCGCACACGGGUGCGCAGCCGGGCGUCACGCGCAAGAUUGGUUCUGGUGUCAAGAUUAUCAUGGGCGAGGCAGGCACUGAAGGCGUAUACCUGGUCGACACACCUGGUGUGUUUGUGCCUUACAUGCCAAAUGCCGAGUCUAUGCUCAAGCUUGCCCUUUGCGGCAGUGUCAAGGAUACCAUCAUUCCCCCGACUACACUGGCAGACUACCUGUUGUUCCACAUCAACAAGAUUGACCCUACACUAUACGCCGAGUACCACGAACCCACAAAUGAGGUUAUACCACUGUUAGAGGCUAUUGCGCGGAAGACCGGAAGAUUGGGUGCAGGCGCAGUGCCUGAUACCGAAGCGGCGGCUCUUUGGAUGAUACAGAGAUGGCGGACCGGCCACAUUGGGCACUUCAUCUUAGAUGAAGUAUCUCCGCAAGCACUGCAACAGCACAAAGCUACCUUGAACGCACAAGCGCCGAGUAUGAACCAGGCCAUCAAGGUCGAGAAGGAACGGAGAAGAGUUGAAGCGAGACGUAUCCGAUCCUUGUAAUGCUGACAGAUUAAAAUAAGUACGAAUGUAAUGGGCAUAAAUUCACCG